AUGGCACCAACCAAAACAAGUGGUUUUACCAAACGGAGCGCUAACGUCAUCUUACUUGUAAGCCUAUUCUCUUGCGUCUACUUCUGCCUCUUUUUGUGGGACGAUGCCGUGAUUCCACAGUUCCUUGAAUCGAAGAAAAUGAUGAAGUAUGGAAAACAAUAUGAUUUUACACGAGCAUCAAAUGACGAUUCUAAUGAUUCAUCCAGAGCCGUCAAUACCUGGGAGCUUCAUGGAAGCACAAUUAAAGGUUCAACAGAAUCAUAUCCUGAACAGCACAUCGCGAUUGAUACUCAUGCUAACAUUGUUCCGACAUCUGGACAAAAUGCAGUACAGAAUAACGAGGUUGGACGAUUUUCAAGUGACAGCGUAUUCAAAGAAAAUACAUCUAGAGAAUUUCACAUGCCAUAUGAAAAACAUGCAAUUUCAAAUAGGAACGACAAUGUUGAGAUCCUACGCUCGUCGCUUCCAAUCCUUGAUAAGCCAUUGCAGUCAGCAUCAGCCAAACGUGUUCAAAUCAUAAUUGUCACAACAAAACGCUCUGGAUCAUCUUUCAUAGGAGAGUUGUUUAAUUCGAAUCCAGAAGUUUUUUACAUGUACGAACCUUUGUUUCAAGUGACGUCUGAUGUAUUGAAGCACCGUAUUGACAACAGACAGGCCGAGUCCUUGAUUUUCUUGCUGUGGAACCACACCCUCCGUUGUAACUAUUCAACAUUUAGCCAGGGGCCUAAGAACUGGUUGAGACGAGGUAGUUUGGACACUUGUCAGGCAUCAGGCGCCUUGCUUAGCUCCAAGCUUAUCUGUCCAGUACCAAAGAUUCCCGAGCGAAAGGUUGGUCCAAUCAUUUCAAAACUGUGUUUAGAUCACCCCUACACAGUCCUAAAAACCAUCCGUGUUAACGACAUCAAGGAUCUGAGGGUUUUUAUUGAGGAUCCAAGUCUAAACUUACAAAUUAUCCAUCUAGUCCGCGAUCCCAGAGCGGUCAUGAAUUCGCGCCGUAAACUCAAAAGACCAAACUAUGAUCUGUUGCGACGGAAAGGUCCUGAUGCAGAUGAGAUCAAGGAUCUGUGCGAGCAUAUGGCUCGAAACUUACAGUACAAGGAUGAUCCACCCAGCUGGCUAAAGGGCAAAUACAUGUUAGUACGCUUUGAGGAUGUAGCCGAAGACCCUAUAGAACAAACACAGCGGAUUUAUCAGCAUGUGGGAAUUAAGAUUCAUCAAGAUGUACUCGGUUGGUUGAAGAAUAAUACUCAUGAAAAUAAGGGUCAGGGGACUGGUAGCCCAUUUUCACGAACGCGAGACACUGACAAAGUCAUCAAUGCCUGGAAGAACAGUAUUUCAGAGGAGGUUAGAGAAGCGGUCGAAAGAAAAUGCAGUCAGGUGAUGAGUGCGUUAUCAUAUCAGUAUGGUUAAGAGUAUAACAAGGACAUACAUUAUAAAUCCCG